AUGGUUGAUGUUUCUCCUGGGCCCACUAGCCACCGCUCCCGCAAAAGGCAAAAAGCCUAUCUCCAACCUCCUCCACAUUGCCAUCACGCGGCCGCUGCUCCUCCCUCACGCCUAGCGCCGCCACCUCUCCUCUCAGCGCCCCGCGCCGGCCGCCGCCGCUUCUUCCUCAACGCCCAGCGCCGCCGCGGCUCCUCUGGAAUGGGUCAGCCGCCGCCGCGGCUCCUCUGGAAUGGCACCUUCCCUGCCUCGCACCGCCGUAGAGGCCGCCGCCAUGGAUCUGAUGGAUUCGUGGCUGGAGGCCGCAGCUGCGAGCGCCGCUGCGCCAUCGAUCUGACCGACGCCGCAGCUACAGGCGCCGCCUCCCGUCUCGCCGAGGCACCCCGCCGUGCAGCCUCCCCCUCCCGUCUCGCCGAGGCGCCUGCCGCGGAGCCGCCGUCGCCUGUCUCAUGGAGGCAUCUUGCUGUUGAGGAGCGCAGGGGCACCAAGGCGGGGCUCUGCCAGGAAGCUACUACUGACAAAGGGCUACCACGCAUCCCACGACCAGCCUCCCCUAGUAGCCGUCGCUGGCCUAGACCACGCCUCCGGCACGGCUCGCCGCCGGCGCACACUUCCACCUCGGAAUCCCCUGCGGCCUCGCCGGAUUUACCCCCAAAAUCCACCGCCCGCCUUACCCUAGAAACCGCACCCCCAGCGUCGCCUUCCCCUGCAACCACCGCCUCCGCUUUCCCCUACAACCACCUGGAUCUUCGCCGCCGGCUGGGUGCUCACCGCCGACGCAGCUCCUCCCUGCAGCUUCCCCAGGGUCACCCCACGGCCUCCACAAUCCCAGCGCCGCCUCCCGGCCUCCCCUGGCGCGGCCGCCCCAAAAUCCGUCUGCCUGGAGCCCCGUGCUCCUCCCCCUCCCUCCUGGUCGAGCUUAUCCAUGGUGGGCACAGAGCUCGCUGGAGAAUCAGAGGGAGGACCGUGGUGGCUGUGAGCUCACGGUGCGCAAAGGGAGGGAGGAGGGAGGACCCUUUUUCUCGAUGCUGUCUUAAUUGGGCGAUGAUCCUCCAAACAAUUUCAGUGGAUUGAGGAAAUUAACUGAGAUGCAGCAGGACAUAUGUUGAAAACUGUAAGUACAUGAGUUCGUUCCUGUAAGUACAGGCAUACUCUGUGCCCAAAAGCUGUUUGUUCUUAUGUCAGAAAGUUUGAGAAUGGCAGCAUCGUCGGUGCUCCAGUUCAUUGCCACGUCCCUUGCGCACACAACAUACAUGCCUUGGGAGCCUCACGUCCCUGCACCCCUUGGAUCGCCCACUGUUCGCUAGCUUUUUUCUUGUACGGAGUACUUGAAGGUUCAGAAUUUUUAUGAAUCAUAUUACCGUGA